ACGUUCUCUUCCCAUCGUCUGUCAAGGUGCAUUUACAGUAGACGGGAGUGACGUAUCUCACAAAUAGACGAUCUCUGCGCUCGGUCAGGUGACCGAGGAACGUUCGCGUUACAAAACAUUAGAAAGUCUCCCACAGACACAGAGGAGCGUGUUGUCAACUUCAUAAUUUGCUUUAAUGGUAUUUAAUUUGAAUAUGUCAACCAAUGGAUCCUGUCACAGCAACACCUCCGAUGCAGAACGACUGUGAGACAGAGUCAGGUUCAGUCUGGAGCUGGUGGCCUUCCUGGCGUCCAACUUCCAUGUCCCUUUUGAAGACUACAGAGUCCAAGAUUCUCGCUUGUAUUCAGAAUGACCUAUGGGCUAGAUUUGUGACCCUCCCAAACCAGGAUCGAAUAUGGACUCUGACACUCACCAACAAGGUUGUGCGCAAACGAAUAGAACAAGUACCAAAGACUCCCCUGGUGAUGGUCCACGGUUUUGGAGGAGGGGUAGGCCUGUGGAUUAGAAACCUUGAGGCGCUGAGUCGGUCACGGCCUGUUUACGCCUUUGACCUCCUGGGCUUUGGCAGGAGCUCCAGGCCUCCCUUCCCCUCAGAUGCUGCCAAGGCAGAGGAGCAGUUUGUCGACUCUAUUGAGCAGUGGAGACAAUCCGUAGGCCUGGAGAACAUGAUUCUGCUGGGACACAGUCUGGGCGGGUACCUGGCUACCUCAUAUGCCAUCCAGUACCCAUCAAGAGUGUCACAUCUUAUCCUGGUGGACCCCUGGGGUUUCCCUGAGCGAACCCAGGCACAGAACCAAGAGGAUCAAGGUCAGGAGACAGAGAUAGUGAAGAGGCCGCCCCUUCCACGCUGGGUGAAAGCUAUCGCAGCAGUGGUUUCCCUCUUUAAUCCACUGGCUGUCAUCAGAGCAGCAGGCCCAUGGGGUCCGGGCUUGGUGAACAGAUUCCGUCCUGAUUUCAAAAGGAAAUUCGAAGAUCUGUUUGAUGAUGACACAAUGACACAGUACAUCUAUCACUGUAACGCACAAACCCCAAGUGGUGAGGUGGGUUUCCGGGCCAUGUCAGAGUCUCUGGGCUGGGCCAAGAGGCCCAUGCUUCAUCGGGUUCACCUCCUGCCCCCUUCCAUGCCCCUCACCAUGCUGUACGGAGCGCGUUCCUGGGUGGACAGCUCGUCUGGGGACAAAGUCGUCCAGAUCAGGAGCAAGGCCCACACCAAAGUGCUGCUGAUAAACAACGCCUCUCACCACGUAUACGCUGAUCAACCAGAGGAGUUCAACAGAGUGGUGGAAAAAAUAUGUAACUCUGUAAACUGAGCGCCGGGCAUGCUUGUAAAAGGACUUAAGGUAUCCAGACAUUUCAUGCUGCUUUUUAGCACUGAAAGCUUUGCACGUAAAGCCUGCUGGAUGGUUUUGUGUUCUAGACAUCAUGUAGCUCAACAUGAGUUUGAAUGUAAUUUGUUAUUAUUGAUAUCAUUGUAGUAAAGUUUUCGUAUUAUUUGUUAGCUCAUAUAAGCUUUUUUUCAAUUUAGUAUCACUGGUAAAUUAUUUAUUUAUAACAUGAUUGAAUUUAUUUAUCCAUGUGUUCAUACGGAAUAAUAAUUAAACCACUAUAUUCAGAGUUAAAUUAUGUUGUUACAUUUUUUAACAGAAAGUAAACUCCACUCUUGAUGCACUGAUGUGUGUGUGUGAGAUUGAGUGUGUGUGUGAGGAGCCACUACUGCCACUACUGCUUCACACUUUUAUACAUGUGCCUGACAUGAGCAUUAAGUACUGUAUGAAAUAUGGUAUUGUCUUUGAUCCAUGCUUUCUUCCUCCAUCUUUCCCACAGUAUGAAACUGCUGUUUGUAUUUUAUACCUUUUAAGAUAAUAAAAGCUUAUUUGACAAAAUA